UGUGUGUCUGUAUUUUUUAUGUGUGAUUGGUGAUUGGAGCAAUCAAGUGAAUGGAGAAGACGACUUUAUGCUUCUUGCUGGCCCUCUGACUGAGAAGAAUCACAGAACCUCCAGCAGUGAGGAAAAUGUCUUUGACUGCAGUCAUCCCAUACCAGCAGCUUCCAAGCAGUAUUUUAAGUACCUCCAGACCAAAGGAGUGACCCACUUCAAAGUGCCGCUGUCAUGGGCAAAACUUCUUCCUAUGGGCCUGACCAGCAAGCCUCAACAGGCUGUGAAAAGGUGUUACCAUACCCUGCUGAAGAACCUGCAGGAGGAGGGCUUGCAGCCUCUCAUCAUUCUUCAUGGAUCAACAGUUCCAGAGUAUUUGAGGUCCAGGUAUGGAGGCUGGGAAAGUCAGCAGCUGCUAGACAUGUUUCAGCAGUAUGCUGAGUUUGCUUUGAGAGAAUUUGGCCAAAUGGCAAACUCAUGGGUGACAUUUAGUGACCUGGAUGAGAUUUUGCGUGAAGGACAUGCUGUAGAUGGUCACACUCCUCUCCAAAAUAUCCUUCAGCUCAACAAGAAGAUUCAUGAGUUUUAUCAUCAAAACUUUCCAUAUGAAGGGAGACGUCUAUCAUUUGGCCUGAAUCCAAAACAUGUGGAUCAACUUUCCAAUCUUAAAGCUUUCASAAACGUGGAUUUCUUAUCCGUGAAUCUUGAAUAUAACUGUGCCUCCUCAAAGAGUUUUGCACAAGAGUUGAGAAACUUGAAGACAUCUACUGGAAAUUUGCCAAUCUUGCUAUAUAAGAUGCCAGUUCGUGACUGUAUCCCAAGUGAACACCAGCUUCUUGGAGAUUUAUUACAAGUUUUAUGGAGCAACAGUCUGAAUAUUAUGGGAUGUGACAUGAAGAAUGUGUUGGAUGAGUUGGACAUGCAGGAUUCUCCAGUCAGCAGACCCGAAUUCAAGAAGAGUCAUAAAAACAUCUUGCAUAAAUUUGGAGACCAAGCCAGCGAUGAUAAAGAUCUGUUCCUCACUAAAGCCUUUCCCCUGGGCUUCCAAUGGGCAACGUCAUCAGAAUCUUUCAAGGUUGAAGGUGGUUGGUUGGAAGGGGGAAAAGGAGAGACUAUUUGGGAUCGGUUUGGUCAUGAAGGUCAAGCUUUUGCAAAUCACACUGCUGAUCUUGCUUGUGACAGUUACAACAAAGUUGAUAUAGAUGUCUACCUCCUGCGAGGUCUUGGAGUCAACACCUACCAGUUCUCCAUUUCCUGGGCCCGUAUAUUCCCCUCAGGYUACAAAGACAGCCUGAAGGAAGAAGGAGCUCUCUACUAUGACAAUCUGAUCAAUGCUCUUAUUGAAUCUGGCAUACAGCCUGUYGCCACUAUCUACCAUUGGGAUCURCCUCAGGCUCUCCAAGACAAUGGUGGAUGGACCAACYCUUCCAUUGUUGCAGYUUACACAGACUAUGCAGCCUUCUGCUUCCAUAGAUAUGGAAACAGGGUCAAGAGCUGGAACACAUUCAGUAGUCCCUGGGUGGUGAGCCAUGCUGGAUAUGGCACUGAAACAAAUUAUCUAGCCGUUAACAAUGUGCCCAUUUACAUAACUGGGAAUGGCAUGCCAACAGAUGACAGUGGAGACACCCUGAAUGAUGUUAGUAGAAUUGCGUACAUGAGAGGUUACAUCAGUGAGGCCCUAAAAGCCAUUGAACUCGAUAAAGUGGAUGUGCAGCGAUUCACAGUGCAAUCACUUAUGGAUGGAUUUGAGGGAAAUAAAGGGUACAGUGAAAGAUUCGGACUUCACCAGGUUAAUUUUGUAGAUGGAUACAGACCAAGAACACCAAAACAAUCAGCAUAUUUCUUUGCUCAGAUCAUUGAGCAAAAUGGUUUUGUUUCACAAAAACAAGAUCAUUUUGAAGGUGUGAAAAUAUCACCACCUCGCCGCUCCACCCCACUGCCACCCUCAGACGUCCCAUCAGCAUCAAAAGUUGUCUGGGAAAAAUUUACGCCACAGAAAAAGUUUGACAGACAAAUGUAUCACUAUGGCAAUUUCUCACAAGACUUCUUAUGGGGCGUCUCAUCUUCAGCUUACCAGAUUGAGGGUGGAUGGAAUGCGGAGGGGAAAGGACCCAGUGUAUGGGAUACAUUUACUCAGAAGCCAGGUAGUGGUAUUCCUGAAGAUGCAAAUGGCAAUGAAGCCUGUGACAGUUACAAAAGACUUGAUGAAGACAUUUAUAUGCUGCAAGCACUGAAGGUGAAGACCUACAGAUUUUCUUUGUCAUGGUCCAGAAUCUUUCCCAAUGGUAGACGUGCAUCCCUGAACCAAAAGGGUGUUGACUACUAUAACAGACUAAUUGAUGGUCUCUUAGUUAAGAAAAUCACCCCAAUGGUCACCAUGUAUCACUGGGAYCUCCCACAAGCUCUACAAGACAUUGGUGGCUGGCAGAAUGUAGAGAUGAUUGACAUUUUUAAUGAUUAUAGUGACUUCUGCUUUGCCACCUUUGGUGACAGAGUAAAAUUCUGGAUGACCAUGAAUGACCCUCAAGGACUUGCAUGGCUAGGAUAUGGAACUGGACAAAUCCCUCCAAACAUUAAGGAGCCAGGAACAGCACCAUACCAAGUUGCACAUAACUUAAUAAAAGCUCACGCUACAGCAUACCACACAUAUGAUGAGAAAUACCGCGCUUCUCAAAGAGGUAUGAUUUCCAUUGCCCUCAAUGCUGAAUGGGUUGAACCUAAAGAUAUCAAUGUUCCUCGUGAUCUUGUUGCUGCUGACCGUGCAAUGCAGUUCCAUGUGGGUUGGUUUGCCCACCCGAUUUUCAAGAAUGGGGAYUAUCCAGAGGCCAUGAAAGCCCAAGUUUUAGUCAAAAGUGAACUCCAAAGUCUUUCGCAAUCAAGACUCCCUUCUUUCACAGAUGAGGAAAAGAACUUGAUYAAAGGAACUGCUGAUAUGUUUUGUGUGAAUCACUACACCACAAGGWUAGUAACCCAUAUCACAGGUCUGCUGUCUCCACAUUCCUAUCAAAAUGACUGGGACUUCACAGAGGAACAAGAAAGUGGUUCACCAGCUACAGCCAUCAAAAACCAGAGAGCUGUAUCAUGGGGCCUACGGAGACUCUUGAAUUGGAUCAUGAAAGAGUAUGGAGACCCUGAAAUUUACAUAACUGAUAAUGGUGGGGCUACAACAGCAAAAACCUCUUGGGAUGACAUUGACAGAGUGUUGUUUUACAAGACUUACAUCAAUGAAGCUCUUAAAGCUUAUGAACUAGACGGAGUAAUGCUAAAAGGCUACACAGCAACAUCUCUCAUGGACUCCUUUGAGUGGUUAAAUGGCUAUACAGUUGGCUUUGGGUUCUACCAUGUCGACUUUACUGACCCAAACAGACCAAGAACACCCAAGUUGUCAGCUCAUUUUUACUUUCAACUUAUGAAAGACAAUGGUUUCCCCAUAACAGAAGAUGAGAAGAUGCUGUAUGGAGAGUUCCCUCAGGAUUUCCUUUGGAGUAGUGCCACGGCAGCUUACCAGAUUGAGGGUGGAUGGAGAGCUGAUGGAAAAAGUCUCAGCAUCUGGGAUAAAUUUGCUCACACGCCACUCAAAAUCUUUGACAGUGACAAUGGGGACAUUGCUUGUGACAGUUACAAUAAAAUAGAUGAAGACAUUGCAAUAUUGAAGCAACUUGGCGUUAACCAUUAUCGUUUCUCUAUAUCCUGGACGCGGGUACUUCCUGAUGGCACAACAAAUCACAUCAACGAGGUUGGAUUUCGCUACUAURACAGAUUGGUGGAUGCGCUGCUUGCUGCAAACAUACAGCCGCAUGUAACUUUGUACCACUGGGAUCUUCCACAAGCUCUGCAGAAUGUGGGAGGUUGGGAGAAUGACACUAUUGUYCAAMGAUUCAGGGAUUAUGCUGACGUUAUGUUCAGUCGUCUUGGAGAUAGAGUGAAACUUUGGAUCACCAUUAAUGAGCCCUAUAACGUAGCAAUGAUUGGACAUGGAUACGGAGUAGCCGCCCCAGGUAUUAGUUUCCGUCCAGGUACUCUUCCCUACAUCGUUGCUCAUAACCUUAUCAAAGCUCAUGCUGAAGCAUGGCACCUUUACAAUGACAAAUAUCGGGGUAGACAGAAUGGAAAAGUCUCUAUCACUAUCAACUCUGACUGGUCAGAGCCCAGAAACCCCUAUAAGCAAGAGGACAUUGACGCAGCAAGACGUAUAAUACAGUUCUACAUUGGGUGGUUUGCCCAUCCCAUAUUUAAUGGUGACUACAGUGAAAUGAUGAAGACAAUCAUUCGGGAACGCAGUCUUGCAGCUGGAUUGACUAAAUCACGGCUACCUGAAUUUACCCCAGAGGAAAUAAAGAGAAUUAAGGGGACCCAUGAUUAUUUUGGAUUCAACCAUUACACCACUGUCCUGGCAUUCCCUGUUGAGUAUGGAAAUCUUCAGCAUUAUGAUGCAGAUAGGGGUGCAGGGACAUAUGUUGAUCGUUCCUGGCUAGAUUCUGGUUCUGGCUGGCUGAAGAUCACGCCAUUUGGGUUGCGCAGAAUAUUGAACUUUAUUAAGGAGGAAUAUGGAAAUCCUACGAUUAUCAUCACUGAGAAUGGGGUCUCAGAGCGUGGGCCCACAGAUCUUAAAGACUCUCACAGGAGUUACUUUUAUGAAAAAUAUAUUAACCAAGUACUGAAAGCUUACCGGCUUGAUAAUGUGGAUGUCCGUGGCUACACAGCAUGGUCACUCAUGGACAACCUGGAGUGGGCCACUGGCUUCUCAGAGAGAUUUGGACUUUUCUAUGUCAAUCGCUCUGAUCCCAAUGUGCCUCGAGUGGCCAAGGAAUCUGUGUCUUUCUUCUCCACCAUCAUCAACUGCAAUGGGUUUCCCGACCCUGCAUCAGGACCUCACGAUUGUUUGAAGCCCAAACCUGAAGCAACAAAUGCUCCAGAAAAUGACAAUUCAGUGAACUUUCUGGGUCUGAAGCUCUCCGCUGAAGAAGCUGAAACCGGACUUAACACUACAUUUGCUCUGCUGCUUGUGGCAGCAACUGGAGCCAUUUGUUUGUCCAUCGGUUGCUUUGUCACUAAAAGAUGUUCAAAAUAA